ACUCGUGUUUUAGUUGGUUUUUUCCCUUUGACAAACACAUCUUAACGUGUAAAACCCUCGUCACCCUUAACCCCCCAGCUUGUGGAGCUUUUCACAGUUGGGAACAACACUCAUCAUCAAUGGCGUCAAUCGAGCUUCUCAUCUCUCAAGCACGUCGCCACUGUUCUUCAAAAUUCAGAAACCAGCUACCUCAAUUUCUUCGUCAUCAUUUUCAUAGGUCUCUCUGUUCUGCGCCCGAAUCGCAGCCUCCGGACAACCCAAUUCAAAGGCCAACGAAUAGAACGCCGAUCCAAAUCCAACCCGUUUCCUACAAACCCAGAGAUCCUCAUGAAUCCACUCUGUCCAGCGAUUCUACUUCUCAGUCUAAAGAAAGAACUGUUCGGCCACAGCCCGUUUCUUAUAAUGCCAAAAGCCGGGAUGAACUCAAUGCUCCACAGGACGGGACCAAACCGGAAGCUCAGACGUGGACGCGAGAAGAUCUACGGUACCUGAAGGAUACGGUUGCUGUGUCUCCGGUUUCGUACCCAACCCGAGUUGCCCCUUUGCCUGAAGACCGGGCUGCUGCAGAGGGGGAGAGUUGUCGUCAGGAGGAGCUGAAGGGCGAUGUAGAACUGGAGAGGGAGGCGAGGAGAAUCGUGUAUGAGAAUAGAUUCGUCCCUACGAGUGGGAUUGGGUCACAAAUGGUACCUUUUCCGACCUUGAUUAAAGCUGAUAAAGAAAUGGCCAAAGUGAAGACUGUUUAUGAUCUCAAAGAGGCCAUUCGUCUUGCAAAGUCUAAUGCAAAGAAGACAUUUGAUGAGACUUUGGAAGCACAUGUUAAGUUGACUCCAGAGAUGCGUCGAAGUGACCUGAAACUUGAUGGUGCUGUUCGACUUCCCCAUGGUUGGGGAAAGAAAUUCAGAGUGGCUGUCUUUGCUGAAGGAGUAGAUGCAGAUGAAGCCCGAGCUGCAGGAGCUGAUAUCGUUGGCGGUUUGGAGCUUAUACAAAAUAUUAAAAAUGGCAGUGUGAAGAUUGAUUUUGAUAAGUGUUUGUCCACUCAUGCAAUGAUGCCAAAUCUGAAACAGAUUGCAAAGUAUUUGAGGCAGUUGAUGCCAGACACUAGAAAAGGCACCGUUACAAAAGAUGUUUCAAAUGCAGUGAAGGAAGCAAGAGAUCAAGGUAUUCUUUUCAAAAAAGACAAAACAGCCAUCGUGCAUGUUGGCCUUGGGAAGAUGAGUUUUGCAGAAGAGGCUCUCUGUGAGAAUGUUGGUGCAUUUGUGAAUGCCCUUUUGCUUGCAAAACCUGCUGGCUUGAAAAAAAGCUCAAAGUAUGCAGGUUAUGUGAACACGUUCCAUAUAUGCAGCACUAUGGGUCCCUCAUUCCAGGUGUCGAUACAAUCAUUAUCCAUAGCGGCGGAUCGUCACGCUAGAAUGCACAUGCAAUAAUCCAAUGGCGGCCUCUUCCCAUUCUACUAUGAACUGUUAGAGUUGAUUUUGGUGUUGAAAUCUCUAUCGGUCCUUUACUUUUGUUGAUUAUUUUGAUAUGUGAUUUACAAAUUCAUUUCAUUAUAGAGCUUUCACUGUGAUUUAAUUUUACAAACUAUUUUUAGAAUUUUGAAUCUGUUAUGGCUUCAGUGAAUAAUUUUUUACUUCGUCU